AAAACACAUUAGACCAUCUACGCACGCUUGACGCUGUGUCUCACGGCUCCACGCUCUGCCUCUCUAGCUUCUUCUCUUCCAAUCCAACCACAAGAACCAGACAGCUGCUAAACAAAACCAUACCCACAAGAGAGAAGAAACAGUAUUACAAAUUUUCAAUCCAACUCGGCGGCACACCCACCACCUCAAAUCAGCGGCGCUUCUUCUCUUCCAAUCCAACUCGGCGGCGCCACCCACAAUCUUCAGCUAUGGGAAGUAAUUUCCAACCAAGAAGCUGUACAGAUUGUUUCUUUAGCAUCUGUUAAUGAAAAGUUAGCUUAAAGGCUGGUGGACAACAUCUCAGCUAUUUUUGCCUCUUCUUUCACACUUCAACCUCUCAACCAAUCAACCCUAUUCAAGUCUCAAAACAGGUUGCAUGAGAAAAGCUAGGUGGUGUAAACCCUUAUCUGAGCAAACUCUUAAAGGGUACCUGUUAACCAGAUCACGCAAACCCACUAUAUAAUGAUUUAGUAUUUGAAUUUUCAGCCAAUUCUUCUUUCUUCUUCUUCUUUCAACUGUUACAUGGGUGUGAGUGCCGCCUCUAUACUCAACCACAUUCUUUACAGCCGAACCCACAAGCCCCAAACUCAACCUACUAGCGCCAAAGCCUUAACCAACACCAUCUUCACUCACCUCAAAGCGGGUCGUCUCCAAAAAGCUGUCUCCAUUCUCUUUGCUGCUCCAGUACUUUUCCCUUAUUCCCUUUAUGCCAGUCUCUUCCAAAUUUGUGCUUCUAAUCAUGCCAUUGUUGAAGCUCGGAAGGUCGAGUCCCAUCUGGUCACCUUCUCCCCUACACCACCAGUGUUUCUCCUGAACCGAGCGAUUGAGACUUAUGGUAAAUGUGGAUGUUUAGUUGAUGCAAGGGAGCUGUUUGAGGAAAUGCCUCAAAGAGAUGGGGGGUCUUGGAAUGUGAUGAUUACGUCGUAUACACAAGGUGGGUAUCCUGAGAAAGCCUUGUCAUUGUUUUCAGACAUGAAUAGAUCAGGAGUUUAUGCAAGUGAGGUCACUUUUGCAAGUGUUCUUGGGUCUUGUGGUGCAACAUUGGCACUUUGUCUUUCGAGACAGGUUCAUGGGCUUAUUGUGAAAUAUGGGUUUGUUGGGAAUGUAAUUUUGGAGAGUUCACUUGUUGAUGUAUAUGGCAAAUGCCAGGUUAUCAAAGAUGGCCAAAGAAUGUUUGAUGAGAUUAAAAAUCCAACUGCUGUUUCUUGGAAUGUGAUUGUGAGGCGGUAUCUUGAGAUGGAUGAUGGAACAAAGGCCGUCUUUAUGUUUUUUAAGAUGUUCCAGACUGCUGUUAGGCCCUUCAACUUUACAUUCUCUAAUGCACUUAUUGCUUGCUCAAGUAUAUCUGCACUAAAGGAGGGGAAGCAAAUUCAUGGAGUUGCAAUUAAAAUGGGUCUUGAAGAUGAUGAGGUUGUUUCAAGUCCUCUCAUGGAUAUGUAUAUCAAGUGUGGGAAAUUAGAGAAUGCUCAUAGGGUGUUUGAACAGCUAAGUUCAAAAGAUUUAAUUUCUUGGACUUCAAUUGUAUCAGGGUAUGCUAUUAGUGGGAAAACUAGGGAGGCAAGGGAGCUUUUUGAUCAGAUGCCUGAACGCAAUGUGAUAUCUUGGAAUGCAAUGUUGGCAGGGUAUACCCGUUCCCUCCAAUGGGAAGAGGCUCUGGACUUGGUAUUUUUUAUGCGCAAUGCAACUAAAGAUAUUGACUAUGUCACAAUUGGGUUAAUACUAAAUGUGUGUGCUGGGCUUUUAGAUGUUGAAAUGGGGAAACAGGUCCAUGGUUUUAUAUACCGAAAUGGUUUCCUUUCCAAUCUCGUUGUUGGCAAUGCCCUUCUUGACAUGUAUGGUAAAUGUGGUAACUUGAGAAGUGCCAGAGUUUGGUUUUACCUAAUAAUAAGUCAAUGGAGGGAUAGUGUUUCUUGGAAUGCUUUAUUGACUAGCUAUGCUCGUCACGGCCUUAGUGAACAAGCAAUGACAAUAUUUUCAAAGAUGCAAUGGGAGACAAGACCAAGUAAGUUCACGUUUGGAACCCUUUUGGCUGCUUGUGCAAAUACUUUUUCUCUUGAGCAUGGCAAACAAAUUCAUGGAUUUAUGAUUAGAAAUGGUUAUGAGAUGGAUGUUGUGAUCAGAGGAGCUUUAGUAGACAUGUACUCAAAAUGUCGUUGUCUUGAGUAUGCUCUCGUAGUUUUUUUAGAGUCAGCGUCACGGGAUGUAAUUCUUUGGAACUCCAUAAUUUUUGGAUGUUCUCACAAUCGAAAAGGUAGGGUGAUACUUGAAUUGUUUGGGUUGAUGGAGGAGGAAGGUGUAAAAGCAGAUCAUGUCACAUUUCAAGGUAUUUUGCUUGCUUGUAUAUAUGAAGGCCUAGUUGAGUUGGGAACACAGUAUUUUUAUUCAAUGAGCAAUAAGUACUAUGUCAUGCCUCGGUUGGAGCACUAUGAGUGUAUGAUUGAACUCUAUAGUCGGUAUGGGCACAUAAAUGAGCUGGAGAAAUUCAUUAAGAGGAUGCCUUUUGAACUCACUGUUCCAAUGUUGACAAAAGUCUUUGAUGCUUGUAGAAAAUAUGAAUGCUUGAGGUUGGGAGAGUGGGCUACUAAACGACUUAAUGAAUUGAAUCCUUCAAUGGAACUAAAAUUUCAAAUCAUGGACAGGGAGAGGAAGUAAUCUCUGUAAAUGAAGAUUUAAAGUCUCUUGGAUUGGCCAAGUGUUUUUUAUUCCCUUCUUAGAUGGAAGCUAGUGGAGUGUGACAGUGGGGGGGGGAAUGAUUAGGAUUUGGAAGACAACCUAGUGGAUAUGUGGAGAACUUUUAGGGUAUCGGAGGUGGAAGGGACUGCUAUACUAUUGGUGGAGACAAAACCCAAAGCACUGAAAGAGAAGGGUCAAUUUAGUCUGCUGGCUAAGCUUUUCACUGAUAAGAGAUUUAUUGGGAAAACCAUUAAAACAACUCUAUGCAACCUGUGGAACCCUAAAAGAGGUGUAAAAUGUAAAGAGUUAGUGACAACCUUUUACUCUCUGCUUUCAACGAUAGAUAUGAUUCGGUGAGAUUCAUAAGAAUGAGCCCUUGGUAGCAGACUCUGUAACUUCUAACUGAAGAGGUUUUUGAUUUCUUGAAGGGGGAGAUGACUCAACAGAAGAUCAAAGAUCUUAAACAAUCAUUGAACUGGUUGAGCUAUCAAAGAACCAUCAAUAUCUCAUCAAAAGACAGAGUAUCCAUUCAACAGUGUGUUAUAUGAUCAGAAAACCCAUUACAUGUGAAAAUCACUUUAGUUGCCUUCCCGAAAGUAUUGUGCAAAUAUCUAAAUUGUUGGAAAUUUAUUUACACAAUUGCACAAGACUUUGUUCAUUGCCACAAUUACCAUCAACAACUGAUUGGGUUGAAGCAGAUGGUUUUAUUUCAUUGGAAACAUUUUCACAUGGAUUAAAACCACUUCUUUACUUAUUCAAUCGCUUCAAAUUGGCUGGUCUGAGUGACAUGGUGUUUAAUGUGCUGAGAAUGCUAUUAACGUUUCAUAAAGUCUCUCACAUUCCAUUUUUACUUAUCAAAAAAACUGAAAACAAUGCAUCAGUUUUGGUGGAAGGUUAAUGCAAAUCAACAAUUGGCUUUGCUUUGUUGAGUAUAUUAGCCUCAGCUGCUCUAUAUUUGCACUCACUAGCAGUUUCUCAUUCUUCCCUCUCUCACUCACGGUCAGCAGCUCCUGAAGUAGUUGUAAGCAGUGGCAAAACAACUUUCUGUUAUAGAAAGGUACGUUAGAAUGCACUCACCAGUGGAUUCUCAUUCUUCCCUAUCUCACUCACAGUCAGCGGCUCCUGAUGUAGCUACAAGCAGUGGCAGAACAAUCGUCCAUGAAAGGUGUACCCAGGAGGAGUCGGCAUGAUAUGGUGAAGAAGGAAAAGAUGGAUUGGAUUUUCAAAGAAAAAUGCUGCAUUGCAAUUUCUCUUUGGUUGCAAGACCAGCAAAUAUGAUAGCACCCUCAAGAAUGCACAAAAUCAGUUAGAAAAAUUUGAUUUAUGCAUUUAAGAUCUUGAAUCAGGACAAGAAUACCUAUUUAGGCGUUUGACAGAAACAAGAGUCGCCAUUCUCUUUUUUGAUACAAAAUAAAAAUUCUACUUUAGCCUAAUCUAAGUGUAUAUGUGUAUGUAGUUUCCUUCUAAAAACUUGAACCCUAGGCCUUGUCCCUCUCACCCCACAUGAACUUUGUACUUGUAGAGUGAUCAUCAAGCCAAUGUGCGCGGUGUUAAGAGUCUCCAUUCUCUAACAUUGUCAACCUCAAGUCUUUCAAUUUAUGUAGGUUGUGCUUUCCUAAAUUGUGUUAUAAUAUCCUAUAUUCAAAUAAUAUAUUUUUGGCUUUUAAUUAAUAAAAAAUGCAGUGUUUUGGCA